AUGGCGACGGGUGCGCAGUCGUUCUACGAGCUCUACCGUAGGAGCAGUAUCGGGCUCGCUCUGACUGACACACUCGACGACCUCAUCAGCGAUGAUCGCAUCAACCCGCAGCUUGCCAUGAAGAUUCUGGGCAACUUCGACCAGGCCAUCACCGAGACUCUGCAGAAGAGCGUCAAGAGCCGUCUACAGUUCAAGGGAAGCCUGGAUACCUACCGCUUCUGCGACGAAGUCUGGACGUUUCUCAUAAGGAACGUGACAUUCAAGAUGGACAACGGGAGCCAGUCUGUCCAGGCUGACAAGGUCAAGAUUGUGAGCUGCAACGCCAAGAAGCCGGGCGAGACUUAG